AAAUUGUACUACUAACAGACGAAUGUCCGUAAAAGGGAACGAAGAAAGCAAAUCAAGCAAUAAACGGAAUUUGCAUUUUCGCAGCGAUCAUCAGCGUCCGAGAACUCCAGCAGCAGCAGAGAGAGAGAUGGGAAGUAAAGAGAGAGAAAGCAAAGGUUAUGCGUGGGCUCUUGCUGCGGGCUUUACCGCAGCCUUAGCUGCUAUUUCUGCUAAGUAUUUCUCUUCUCAGCUUGUCAAAUACAGCCUUGUUAUUGCGUUCAAUGUGACAAUGUGGGGAUGCUAUGUCAACAGCCUUAGAGCACUUUCGUCUUUACAAGCUACAGUGACAAACUUUGCUAUGAACUUCCUCUCUUCUGGUCUGGCUGGUUUCUUUCUAUUUGGAGAAACGUUAUCAACCAAGUGGUUCACUGGUGCCUUUUUGAUUGUUGUGGGUGUAUUCAUUCUCACUAAAUCAAGCCUAGAGAAGAAGGAGAAUACCGAUUAGAAUUUUGGACACACACCAAAGCAAGAACCUUACAGUCAUUACAGUGCUACAGAGAGCCAGUUGAGUGCAAUCAAUCAGAAACUUUUGCCAAUUCAUCGUCGGGGAACGCCGACAAAUUCUUCCAGCGCAAUGUAUUAUUGGUUUGAAUAUGCUAUGCUUUUUCUUUGUGUGAAUUCAACAACUUUUGCUAGAAGAAGAUGGAUCCAUCAGACCGACAAUUCAUGAAUCAACAACGCUCCGUUUAAUUUCAUACUUUCUGGUGAAUUUAUGUGUUUCUGAGAUUUUAAUGCAGAAGUUCACCCUUGAUAAUCUUGAACUGUAUAACUUCCUUGCUUUUAUUAGGUACCACUGAUUUGUAUAUUAUCAUGUAAGUGGAGAUAUGUCUGUGUUAUAAACCUUUUUAAGUGAAAGAUUAAAGUGCAGAAUAUGUUCUUUUUUUAAUUUGUAAGUUUAGCAAGUGGUGAACAGCUUUGAGCAAAUGAGUCACAUUGACAAAGAAGUUGAUGAAUUGAAAUGGACAAAUUAUUUUGGCGAGUAUUAAUAGAAAGUUCAUUGAUGUUUA